GAGGUCAACACGUUGUUUAGGGGAUUGAUAUUGGAAGGAAAAUCUCAAUAAAGUUGUGACUUAACUGUCAGAUAAACAAAAAACCGAGUUUGUUGACUGGAAAUUCUAGUGGUACUUAGGGGUAAUUGCAGUAUCCUAGCUGUUGACUUGUUUUCAAGUUAUAUAAUUUUAUUUUCCAGACACCAUUGUGAAGGAGUAGUCAAGAUGGCAUCUGAUGAAGUCUUGAGAGAAGGGGUUCGUCAGAAUUUAUCUGCCUGGAUAGAAAAAUUAGAAUGUGGUGGAGAUUUAGAAAAACAGAAUUAUUACAAGAAGAAAUUUAUACAUCGAUUAAAAACCUCCCCAAUAGCCAUCGAUACAGAUAAAGCCAAUGAACAACAUUAUGAAGUACCAACUGAAUUUUAUCUGACUUCUCUGGGUAAAAGAUUAAAAUACAGUGGAUGUUAUUUCCCUGAUGGUGUUAAAGAUCUUGAUCAAGCGGAAGAUCUGUCACUAUCUAUGUACUGUGACAGGGCCAAGAUACAAGAUGGACAAACAGUUCUGGAUUUAGGUUGUGGUUGGGGAUCAUUUGGUUUGUUCGUGUGUGAGAAGUUUCCAAGAUGUCAAGUAACCUGUGUGUCAAAUUCUAACACACAGAGAGAGCAUAUAUUAAAUGAAGCGGCAAAGAGAGGAUACGGCAGUCGACUGGAUUGUAUCACAGCGGACGCCAAUUACUUCACCACAUCUAAAAGAUUUGAUAGAAUUGUCUCCAUCGAGAUGUUUGAGCAUAUGAAGAACUAUGAGUUAUUAUUUCAAAGAGUAUCCACAUGGUUGAAGCCAGCUGGUUUACUGUUUAUCCAGAUUUUAUGUCAUCGAGCACAUUCCUACGCCUUUGAUACAAAACCAGGUGCAGACACUGAAUGGAUGGCCAAAAAUUUCUUUUCUGGUGGAACCAUGCCAUCUGUAGACUUGUUCCUACAUUUUCAGAAUAAUAUAUCCAUAGAUGAUCACUGGGUUUUAAACGGAACUCAUUACUCUAAAACUCUGGAAGCCUGGUUAGAAAAAAUGGAUGCCAAUAAAGAUAAAGUCAAACAGAUAUUUUCGAAAGCAUACGGAGAAGAUGCCGACAAACAAAUAUUUAAUUUUAGACUAUUCUUUAUUUUCUGUUCAGAAGUUUUUGGUUUUAAAAAUGGCAAUGAAUGGUUAAUAGCUCAAUAUCUUUUCAGGAAAAAAAUCCCAAGUAAAUUUUAGAAAUUGCGAUUUAGAAAUUUAUUUGUAUGACUGUCACUACAACUCGGGUAUUGUGUAGUGUUUUAGCAGCAGUUUCUGUAUAUAACAUUUAGUUUCAAACAAUUGUUGGCACACUGUUAAAAUACUUAGACAAUCAUCGAAAAAUAUUUUUAAUUUCUCUGAGCUGUGGUGCGUAAUUAACUGAGUAUAACACAACACAGUUCUAUGGAUAACAAUCACUAUAUUAUAUACACACAAUGUUUCGACCAGUGAAUUCUUGUUGAAACGUGUGUAUAUAAUAUAGUGAUUGUUAUCCAUAGAAAUGUGUUGUGUUAUAUUAUGUUCAAUCGCUAAAUGCCAUUCAAAGAUUAUAAUUAACUGAGUAAUUAGUUUCUAAACUAUACUCAGAGAAAGUAAAUAGUUAUAAAUAUUAGAAAUUGAGAUUUAGAAAAUUAUUUGUAUGUUUCUGCUGGUUAGUAUGUAGAUUUUGUAUACAGAAAUAUUUCAAGCUGUUGUAAAAUUUUGAUAUAAAUUGUUAUAAAUUGUUAUAUAAUUGUGAUUUUGUAUGAUUGUGAUUAUUAUUAUAUUUUUUAUACACAAUUUUUUCUAAGAAAAGUAUAAUUACAGACAGUAAUAAAA